AUGUCGAAAGUAAGUACAACUUCAGUUUCAUCCACAAUUUCAGCUCCGUCUAGGCAAAGAGAACCAGCAGAUAGUUUAGGUUCAAUUCACCAUUAUGGCUGGAAAAUUUUUAUGUGGAUUGCAUCUUUGAAAGAAAUCGAAAGUUUAAUUUAUUUAUUUAUUAUAGUUUGGAAUGCUAUUUCAUUACGAAAACAAAAUCAUGCAAGACUUUCAGAAGAACUCGCUGACGAAACAAAUAGUAUUAUUCGGUUAAUAAAAGAAUUAGCUACUUUAAAAGCACUUAGUAAUGAACGAGAAGUUACUAUUAUUAAAACUUUAGAUGAUUAUAAAAAUUGUCGUCUCAGCGAAAAAAAUUCGCUAAGAAACACUUUAUCCGAUAAUGCUUGGGAAGAAUUAGAAAGUUUUGGAUUACCGUAUGAUUCUCGUAUUUUUGAGAAACAAUUAAACCAUUGUUAUACCUAUCAUAAAGAAAAUUUAAGAAAGAUGAUAUUAUCUAGAAUGGAAUCUUUCCGCUCUAUCGCAAAACAAAUCGAAACUAAGAAUAUAUUAGAACAAGAAACAGAAAUAGAAUCGACUGAAAACAGCAAACGCGAAAUUAUUAUGCUGAAUCAAAAUAAUGUUGUAGAUGCUGAAUGGCGUGAUAACGAUAAAAAUAAUUCUAUACAAUUAGUGAAAGAUAUUGAGAAUCUUAAUCGGGCUUUAAAUAAAGCAAUUGGAGUUAAACGUAAUGUUAAAGAAAUUAAAAAGGAAGCUGUAGCAGAAUUAUUUAAUUCUUAUAAUUGUACCACUAAUGUCAAUAAAAAGCAAAUGAAAUUGGUUUUAGAUGCAGUUUUGCAACGACAUUUAAUUAAAAAUAUUUGGGAUAGUGCGGAUUAUUACUUUACAGGAGUACAGAAAAAUGAUAAUUCAGAGUAUUAUUCUACAGGAUCACAGAAAAAUGAUAAUUUAGAGGCCGCUAUAAGAUCCAAAACAGAAGAAUUAAUUAAUCUAACAAGUCAAUUCGAAAAUACCAACUUGGAAAUUGAUGAAAAUGCUCAAACGUUACCAACUAUAUUACGCCAACAAAAUUACGCGACAUUAGGCCAUCGAGUUUUUUCCAAAAAUCAUCCAUUCGUUAAUCAAUUAGUAAAUUAUCUUACAAAAGAAAUGAAUAGAUAUCGAAUUUUAGAUUCCGAAGAGAAAAAUAAAAAAUUUGAAGAUGAUAUAAUUACAAUACUUAUUCAAUUUCUUCGAAUUUUUUAUUUUCGUCUUAAAACACAGGAGCCAACCCCUUCAGUUAAAUUUUAUGAAAGUGGUACCAAUAUCGAUCCUUUUUAUAUGGAUGGAAUGUGGGAAGGUCAUUAUGAAGAUUAUGUAGUUGAAAUUUGCUCUUUUCCCGCUAUUAUCGUAGAAUCUGAUGAAAGAGCUUAUAUUAAAGCUCAAGUGAUAGCGAGACCAAAAGAAGAGUUUCAUGAAGAUGAAGAGUCAGACUAUUAA